AUGGAGAGGAAGGAGGAGAAGGAGAAGGUGAAAGCACAUCGCAAACGUUCCGGUGAGCAUCAUCCGCUGCAUUCGACGAGACGGGAAACGCUCCCAACGCCGCCUCCGGAUCCAACGACACCGUCUGCCACGGCCGAUGGGUUGUCACACGGUGCGGCCGCAUGUGACACAUCCGCCAGUACCGGCAGCUACGCGGAAACGGAUCCAUUCAAGCGUCUGUUUACGUACCGGGAGCGUGAAGCACAGUUCCUCCGGUUGUUGUGUGAAAGUGACCCAGCACAAGAUGUGGCGGGUGCUGCCGGUACGGCGGGUGGUGCUGGAGGCGGUAUCCGGAAACCACCCGGUCCGGGGUAUGCACAACCCGGAAGUGGCAACGCGAAAGAGGGUGGAUCGGGUGUUACCGGUGGCACGGAUGUGAUGGGACGCAAUGAGCCGGGGUUCGAGUCGGUCAACGAGUUUCUGAUGUUGCUGAACCGGGCCGGACCAUCGGUGGCGGCCGCACUGUCCACGAAGGAUGCGAUCGAUCAGCUCGAUCGGUUGCAUGAGCUGAUCGGUCAGUUUCUUACGCUGCAGGAGCAAAACAUGCGGAUGCACUGGCAGCUGAAGAAUGUGGAGACGCUGCGUAAGCUGAAGUUGAUGCAAAUUUCGAUGGCGAAAGAUCCGGAAGCGUUUAUUAUCAACAGUGGCGGACUGCCGGAGGAUACGUCCGAUAACGAUCUGCUGGACAAUGAGAUCGAACAGAAUUUGGCACUGUUGGAAACGAUCCUGGCCGCUGGUAACUCGGCAAGCAGCAAGCGCAGCAGUUCGAAAAGGGAGCGAAGCAAAUCGGUGAUUAACGAUGAGAUCACAAACUUCCAGCUGCAUCGGAAGGAGAGCGGUGGCCGUAACUACCCGCUGCGCCGUCAGAGUGCCGUGUCCGACUUCAAACCGAAGGUGUCCAAAUGGACGAAGGUGAAGGCGGCCUUCAAGUGGGAAAAGACCAGCGCACUGCCGGCGAACGAGCUGAAGAGCUCGGAAGCGAUGAUGAUACCGGUCAACAAUGAGGUGGCAAGAUAUCUGCGCGUCCCAUCAAUACCGUGCGUCGGCAGUUCCGGGGAUUCGGUGUUUAGCUCCUCGUCCGGGAUAGUGGUUAGCGGUGGAUCUGCCCCGGGGACGCCGGGUGAAAACAGUUUGGCCAGCUCGGCCGAAAAUCUUACCGACAUGAACGAAGACACUGGUGGCGCCUCGGGAAGCAACCGGGGCAGACACGGCAAGCGUGACUCGGUGAAGAGCACGGAACGGAGCAGCCAGGAGGAAGAUGCGCGACGAUCCCGAUCACUGGACGGGGACGCUAUUCUCGAACCGAUUCGUCAGAUGGAUAAGAACAAGAAUAAAUCGGCCUGGAGCAAGGUGAAGGGUAUUGUGAAAAAUCACCGCGGAUCGCUCAAGUCGAACGAGUCGCGCCGGGACGCGAAACCAUCGAACAGUGUCGGCUGUAGCCGGGAGGCAAGUCCGUGCGAAUCGAUGGAUGCCUGCGAGAUGGUGAUGCAGCGCGAUCGAUCGGAUUCGUUCUCCUCCAGCCAAACGUCCCCCGGCCAUCGAACGUCGGCGAUGGCACCGACCUUCCUGCUGCUUCCCGCCAUCGGCUCGGUAGCAGCUGGUGACAACAGUGCACCUAGUGGUCCAAAUUCCCCUUGCGGUUCCAUCCCAGGCACGCAGGCCACCUUUUCAAGCGGGGAGGACGGCGAUUGGAAACCAUCGAGCAUUGCUACCGACGGACGAAUACAUCGCAACGGUAGCGGUGACAAAGGUAUUCCACCGGGUGCGCCCACAACCGCAAUGGUUGCACCCGGGACGAGUCGUGGAUCGCGCAAAAGCAAGCACAUACCUGAUAUCGAAUCCGUACCUGAAGGCGUACCGGUAGAGACAAGAUCACCGGUUGGUAGCACGCCCGUCAGCAGCACCAACACAAACACAGCAAACAGCAGUAGCAGUAUUAGUAAGCUAAGAAAAUCACCCCCCAAACCGCUCAGCUUGACCCGGCAGCCCGACUCCAUCGAGGUGGCGCUGGCAUCGGAACACCCGGACGGCACGGCCCUAUCACUGUCCUCAUCGCCCGGGCCGAAAUGUUCACCGAAACGUAAAAGCUAUGCCGGAAUUUCACUCGACCCCGACGGUUCGCUUCCCGGCAGUCCCUCCGGCAAGCAGUUUGGCUUUUUUGCCGGUGCCGAACGCGUGUCAGAGUUGGUCGAACCGGGUUACUCUAGCGGCGAUGUGUCGGAUCAGAACACGCCGAAGCGAAGACCUUCGCCGAAACAUCGCACGUUGCAGCGACAGCGGGAGGAAAUCGAACGUCGGUACCAGGAGCUGCAGUUGAAACUACAGCGCGAGUUUGAUGCGAAACAACAAGAGUGGGAACGGAUACGACCGGCCGCACUCCUGCUGAACAACAGUCCUUUAUUGCUUCUAGUAAACCAGCUGCUAAAGGAAGAGGCUGCUGGGGGCCAUGGUGCUUGUACGUCUAAAUCCCAACCACCACCAAUAGUCGAGGACAAUCUCACGCCGGACUUUAAAAAGAAGCUCAACGAAUGGCGCACGAAGCACCAGCCGGGUACGUCAAAGGAGUCGAUGAUUGACACGAAGAAGAAGCCGAUAACCGACUGGCAGCUCUGGAAAACGGGACAGAUAAAGCUGGAAGGUCAAGGAUUGAAGCAGCUGCCAGAUGCUAAAGAUUUGCCGGAAGAUUUUCAGAAAAAACUAUCUGAAUGGAAGCAGAUGAAGGCAGCUAACAAAGUCCCACCUUACACCACACAGUCAUCCCAGGGUGGAUCCAGCGAGGGUGGAUCGUCGAUGAAGCGCCAACAGUCGAAAGCAUCCGGCAGUGCGGUGAAGAAGUCAAAAACCUCCGACGAGCUUGAGAAAGAUCGACAUCAGCAACAGCAGGGCCUGUCCAAGCUGAAGGCGCUCGUGACCACGUCGGAAACGCCCAAGAAAGAGCUGGUGGUGCAGACCACCAAGGGUUUCAUCCGGUUCGAAGGCAUUUCGCGCAAGUUUACCCGCAAACUGUUCGAAUGGGAAAAGGCGAAGGGUAUCGGCCCGGAAGCGUCCACAAUUGCGCUGCUACAUCCGGGAUACGCUCCGGUGGUCGUUGAAACGCGUGGCGUUGUGCUGGAGAACAAGCGAGAAAAAUCGCCAGCGCUGGCACGUUCACUAUCGAUGGAUAGUAUAGCUCCGGUUCCUUCUGCAUCGUCAAUAUCGCAUCAACCCUCUAGUCUGUCACUAAAUGAUGCCGACGAACUGAAAGAUGUGGAUAAGGAUAGUGGUUCUAAUCGGCGAGUGUCGUCCAAUCCCGAGCUGGAACUGUCUGCGGAACGCGAAGAACCAGGAGCCGUUUUGGUGGAGGUUGAGGAUGAAGUACUCGAGGUGGCCGAUCCAUUGAUGCCGGUACUGCCAGACGAAGAGCGGAGACAGUCGGCCACACUGGGCGUGAACCAGAAAACGAAAGAGUCUGGCUACUCGUCGAGACCUUCGAGCAAUAGCAGUUCGAUCCUCAAAGAUUCCACCAAGCUGCUGAUACGGUUGAGCGAACAGGACUCGGUAGAUCGCGACGAGGUGCGUCGAUUGAAGAUCGUGCUGCGGGCGCUCAUCGCAACACUGCCCGAGUUCGUGGAAACGGGUUCGCGCAACAGUAUUGCAUUUUUUGCCUACAUGAAGGAUCUUGCGCUCGACAUACUACGCUACCUGCAUCGCUUCGACGACGGCACACUCAAGGACGCCGGAGAGGUGUUGAGCAACGUGCAAACCAUCAACGGUGCAGUGGCCGAGCUGAAAAAGUCACUCCACUCCUACAUGAAGUACGCCACGGCCAAUGCGGGCGGGCGCAAGGAUGAGGACAUCCCACAGAUCAGUAUUACACCGGCCGUAGGGGCCCAGGCAACGACAUCCAUCCAGCGGACGGAGGAUUCGUUCCGCAGCAUGGCCACGAUCAACGUGACACCGACGUUUGUGUGCAACGCUGUGCGCGUCAAUACGGUGGAACUGGUGCAACCGAAUCCCACCGUACAUCGCUUUCCUGCGAGUUCGGAAUCGGAACCAGCUCCCCUUACCUCGCAGUCACCUGAUUCGUCUGCAUACACAGCACCAACAGCAACGGCUGUGCAGUGCUGUCAGUGCAAAGACUCGCCGGAGAAAGAACCCCGCGAUACAUCCGGGAAAAAGCUGCAACGAAAUCUUAGCAACGGCAGCCGCCGGAAGGCGCGUAUCAAACGCAUGGGCUCACGACAAAGCAGCAAAACGGAGAGCGACAGUGACGAUAGUCCGCAGAACUACGUCUUGGAUGUGCCACGCAAGACAAAGCGCAAAACGAGCCGGGCGAAAAAACCCGCCUCAGAUUCGACGGAAAAGCUACCGACCGCGACGGCCAGUGUCGAAAAGGGUGCGGAAGAUGUGGUGUACGUGUUGAAAAUAAAACCGGGACAAAAAAUCGAACAGGUGGAGCGGCCACAGCCGCAAAAUGCAUCGAUCGGUAUGGUGCCGGCUGGCGGCGAGGAUGUGCUUAUAUCACCGCAAGAAACAUGCGUAGAGCUGCUGGAGGUAACGCACCCGUCCGUGACCGAACAAACGGCAGCAACCGCUCCGACCAGUGUGCUGGUGAAAACUAAACGCAAAAUCUUCACCACGGUCGAAAGUGAAUGUUCGCCCAUGCUGGGUUCGGGCAGCGCCAAUCAACCAGUCGCCUUCAGCCAGGAGCUAGAGUCCGGAUCUGGCGCAUCGGAUCGAAACGAUGCACCGGAAACGGUGGUGAAUGUCGUACUGUCUCCCAGUCAGGAACAAAAGCUCGUCACAAACCUCCCACCACUGCCACAGUCCCCCGGCAUGCAGCGGCGAAUGGAUGCGUCGAAGGCACCGAACAAGGAGUUGUCACCCAACAUACGGUUGAUGAUUGCCAAGUACAAUCAGCGCCUAACGACGGAAAAGGGGGGCGCCUCACCGCAUAGUUCCGGAUCGUGUUCACCAGUGGCGUGGCGUUCGCCAGUACUUGAUCGGCGUGUGCGCAAACAGACAGAAAAGUAUCAGGAAACGAUACAGCUAUCGAAAUCGGCCAGCGCCGGUAGCUUGCGGAAGUCGUUGAAACAACUGGAAGAAGAAAAGCGAUGCGAGUUGGCCUGCGGAGGCCCAACCGGUACGACCGGUGGUGGUGGGUUUGGCGAUGAUCGGGAUCGUACGAGGGUGGUAAAAUCGUUCAGCGCCAGCAAGAUCGAGGGAACCAGCAAGACUGUGAUGGAACAGCGCGAGUUGCCUGCUGGACAUGUGGAAAAGGAACCAUCUCCCGAGCUUGGUACGUUCCUUGCGUGCGAUAGUCUGCGGCGGCGCGAUACUUUAUCCCGGCUGGAAAGGACACGCGAACAGCAAGCAGCUGCGAAAGAGCUAUCUUCGAGCGUUUCGAGUUCGCUAUCGUGCCAAACGGCAACAAAUGCGACGGGCACGAUCAGAAAGGAACGGCUGUACAAAAAACGUACCGAGUCUCCCAUCGCGGUUGGAGCGACCACGGGCAGUAUGAAGAAGGGUGCUACGCGCAGCGAAAAGUACACUCGGUGUCGAUCCGUCCCCAACGAGGAGUGCGCAACGGAGGUAUUGAUCUCGUCCAAAGCACUCAAACCGCCCAGCCCACGGUUGAUCGCAAGACGAAGGCUGAAUCUCGAGCAGCAGCGAACGGAACUGUCGAGAUCUGCUCCAACGACACCGCUGGAAGAGAACCGCAGCAUUCUGGUGCCACUAAGCCAACGUGCAUUGAAGCUGAAGAAAGCGAAGGAAGAGUUCCUGCGUGCUCCAACGGGCAAUAGAUCAGGUGCUGUGUGUUCGGACACCUCGGAGGUAUGGAGCAAUCGCAUUAGCCAGAUCAGCGCAACCAGUACUGCGUCAUCCAGUGUAGUGGAGGGAGAGCUAACUCUGCUUAUGAAGAGUGCCAGUGCGGGUGUGAUCGGAGUUCGCUCAUCAACCGAGCAUGAUACAUUGCGCCGUAACGAGUCAGGAUCGUCGUGCAUCGAUGGGGAAGGUACAGCAGGAUCGAUAUCACGACACAGUAUCAGUACGGCCAGUGCAGCGGGUGUUGCUGGUGGUGCCGGUGGAUCCAUUGCACCCAGCAGUAGUGGCAGCCGAUUCGGCGGUCUAUCGAAUCUCGCCUCGAAGCUACGGAAGGUAAAGCUUCGACGUAGCAGCAAGGAUCUCAGCAAGAUGCACGCCAUUUCGGCACUAUGUCGGCAGAGCCUGAUGGUGGACAUCAGCGGCGAGGCGGCAGCAAAGCUGGGCAGUGCGCAGAGCCUUGGAUCCCCGCGACGAACCGGCCACCGGGUGGGUGAGCCGGAGGAUGAACCCGACGGGGAACCGCUGAAGAAGUCCGGUAGUGUACAGGCUAUCUGCAACCGUUUUCGUCGCAGUGGCGAACGUAACGAGGAGCUGAAGAAGAGUCGCAGUUUAGGAUUUCUCGAGCCUGAACGAAAUGGUUCGGGGUAAGGCGUUAUAGCUUUCCGCUUUUAGUCAAACGAUAAAAAAAAUGCAAGAACACUGUUUGGAAAUGCUAGAUGGAUGUACACUUUUGCUAGUAGAAGUUCGGAUGUAAAUUAUUGCCAGUGUUGGAAGUGCUGUGCUGUGUGGCAGCUUGACGGUACGGGCGCGCGUAUUAGGUUCGAUCCUCUUCACUUACUUGCUGGGCUGUGGAAUGUAAGGUUAGGUUUCCAUUGGUGUGGCGACAACGAUCGAACCCGCUUCUCACUUCCGUAUUCAUGUUCCGUCUUACACGUUGUUUUACGUUCUACUGUAAAUGUUUUUCGCUCUUCCGUAGGAUGGAGUAUUGAUGUUUUUUUCCCCCACGAAUGGAAGCGAAAUAAAUGAAAUGACGAAUUAUA